UCCAAGCGAGCGUCGCGGAGCCGUUGCCCCGACCUCCCCGGUCCGUGCGGGCUCAGUCCCCGCGCUUGCACCGAAAGCUGCCAUUCGCGGGCGUGGUGCUCUGACUACGGGCCCCCCCCAGAUGCAUACACACACUGUCAGCCGGUCUAGUCACCAGAACGCUUUCCUGAGUCCUGUGAGCCGCUCUAGCAACUCAACUACCCAAGGGAGGGGUCUUGGGAGCUCUCAUCCAUAGCAGCAAAGACCCUCAGCAGUGCAACGUCCCGGAAACCUGUGCUAUCCGUUAGUGCGAGAAAAAUUAAGGACAAUGCAGCCGAUUGGCAUAACUUAAUCAUGAAGUGGGACACCCUCAAUGAUGCAGGCUUUGCGACUGCAAACAACAUUGCCAACAUGAAAAUCAGUUUACUGAGUAAAGACAAGAUCGAGUUAGAGAGCAGCAGCCUGGCUUGCGAUGAGAAUGCAGAGCAGAGGCCGCGGGAAUACAGCGCGGAGCUGGAGGCGCUGUGUGAGGAGCUGCGGGCCACCUUAGACGGCUUGACAAAAAUACAGGUGAAAAUGGAAAAGCUGUCUUCAACUACCAAGGGAGUCUGUGAGCUGGAAAACUACCAUUACGGGCAGGACAGCAGCCGGCCGCCCCUGUUUCACACGUGGCCCACCACCCACUUCUACGAGGCUUCCCGCCGCCUCUCGGACAUGUACGGGGCGGAGCUCCUCCUGAAGCGCACCAUCGUGGAUGGGCUGGCGCACACCGCGGACCACGACCUCUCCCUCACCUACCUGUCGCUGUGGCUGCACCAGCCCUACAUACAGAGCAACAGCAGGCUGCUUCUUGAGAGCAUGCUGCUCGAGACGGGGCACCGCGCGCUGUGACUCCAGGCUUCCCGCUGCUCUCCAGGCCUGCCUGCUCCACUGGCCUCUGCAGCGCCCACGUUGGACUGUCUUGCAUGUCAUGCCCUGGGCUCUGGCCUGGCCACCUUCUUAGGGUCGUCCAGACUGGACCGGCUCACCAGCGCCCCACGGCCUAUGCAAAUGCACUGUGUCUGCCACAUACUGUCUGCCGCACAGUGUCACCAAUCGACCCAAGGUGAACCCAACACCCCUGAGGACCUCGGCACGAAAUAAAUGAGUUCAACGGAAGGAUGGUGUGAUCCUGUUUCUGUGAAUCAGGUGUAUUUUACACAGGUUGCAUUUUGUAGAAAAUCCCUAGUUGUAGUGUUUUUACUUUA